AUGAAGAUAAUACUCGCUAUCUUAGCUCUAUUCGUAGCCCUUAGUUAUGCAGACGGUGAAUGCGCAGUCUUCGCUUGUAGUAGCAUCGAUCAAGAAGGAGAUACACGCCUUUGAGGACAAAGAACCGAUGGAACUGAAGGUGCUGCAAACACUUUCGCUGCUCAAGAGUGUACCGGAGAUGAUUUCUGCCAAGCUGAUGCCUGGACAGAUCCAGCAGCAGCAGUAGCAGCCGCUGCUAAUCUCCAAUGUGGUGCUAAUAACCCAUCUAAUUUCCCUCAAGAUUUCACCGCCACUGCCGGAGUUGGUCUUGACGGAGACUAUUGUACUGCUGAUGGAGAUUGCUUCACAUCAGGAGAGAAUGAAGCCAAAUGUACAAAUAGUGUUUGCGUAGCUUCCACUAAAGCAGACUCUCCUUGUGCAGGUGAAUCUAAGAACUGCCCAGUUGGCCACUUCUGCUCUGCUGAAGAUAAAUGUGCUCCUUUGUUAACCGCUAAUAGCGUUUGUACUAAGGAUAGCGAUUGUGCUAUUGGCCAUGAUUGUAUCAAGCUUUCUCCAGAUGGAACAGAAUUCAAGUGCACUGAAUUCGGAACCCUCAAUAAUGGAGACAGAUUCACAAGAGUAGCAAAUACUGCUCCUUCAGGAUCUCUCGGAGCCGCCACUGUCGUUGCAUCGACAGUAUGUAAGACUACAGGUGAAGCUACUGUUGAAGGAACUCAACAAUGUAGAAAUCAUCAGAGAAACAAGGAUGAUUCUUUGAGAUCUCCCAACUUACAGACUCAAUGUAAAACAGCUACCUUUGUAGAUGAAGCCGCUGAUAAUUUCAACACUGAGACUGAAGUACUCGUAAAUCCAAUUUGUGGGUUCAACAAAGACAACAAAGCCAUCUGCCCUGUUUUCUUAGGAGACAAGCCAGUUCAAGAUCUCAUCGCAGAAAAUUCCAAAUUUACCAAGGGAUUAAAAUGCCACAGACUCUCAGGUGUUACUAGUUUCGGUACAGGAUCAGUAUGCAAAGGAUUCUGGGACGUUAGAGACAAGAAGGAAGGAUUCAAUUUGUUCAGACUAGGACAAAUUUUAGAUCCUCAAACAUGGGCGAAUACUGCCAACAAUAAUGAUUGUGUUGCUAACACUAUCACCUUCAAAAACUGGAACGGAUUCAACUCAGCUUAUCUAUCAUAUGGUGCUGUAGGAAUGAUUACUACUGCAUUGGCCUACAUCAUGAUGUAAUGAAGAGUUUUAAAGAUAAACAUUUGUCCAAAUUGUGAAAUCCUA